GGACGAUUGAGACACUCGCCAUGACGACCCAUCCAGUUGCAAAGAUGUCCCUCUCGGUUCCAUUAGAGGAACAGUUCAAGUGCUGCAUCUGUCUGGACAUCUUCACCGACCCGACCUCCAUCCCAUGUGGUCAUAACUUUUGCCUGGAAUGCAUUGAGGGAUUUUGGGAUACUAAGAUAAAGACUAAGAGACAGACCGAGUGUCCUCUGUGCAAAGAGAAAUUCAAAGAGAGACCACAACUGAGGAUCAACCUGGUAUUUGUUGAAAUCAUUGAGAUCUACAAAAGGGGUCAAGAGGAGAGUUCAGACCUUGUGACGCCACCAGGAAGCAGGAAAAAUUCCCUGAACCCACUUUGCGGGGCUGACCAAGUUCCCUGUGAUGUUUGCUGCGGAGACAAGUCCCCAUCGGUCAAGUCGUGUCCGACCUGCCUGCUGUCUUAUUGCAAACUUCACCUCACGCCACACGAGAGGGAUGCGGCGCUGCAGAAGCACCAGCUGAUGGAUACGGCCACCUUCAUCACCAAUCACCACUGCGGAGAACACAGGAAGCCGCUGACCAAGUUCUGCACCAGCGACCAGAAGCCUAUUUGUGUGAAAUGUUCGGAGAGGAGACACAAACACCACACCAUAGUACCGAUAGAGAAGGAGAGGAACAGGGUCAAGACCUCUAUAAAGAACAGGAAGGAAACCAUCAAACAGAUGAUCCGGACCAGACGCAGUAAGAUGGAACAGAUCAAAAACUCUGUGGAUCAAAGUAAAGAAAUCACAGAGAGGCAGAUCCAAGGCAGUGCUAAGUUCUACAGCUUCCUGAUAACUGCCAUAGAGAAGAACCAGGCCAGGCUUGUGGAGGAGCUGGAGCAGAAGCAUCAAGAAGCCGAGAGGAAAGCCGUGGAGCUGUUGCAGGAGCUGCAGCAGGAAAUCAGAGAGCUCCAGGCGAGGGGCAUCGAGGUGAAGGAGCUGGAGAAAAGUCAGAGCCCGGUUCACCUCCUGCAGAGGUUGCCAUCUCAAAGUCAACUCCCAUCCACCAGAGAGUGGUCCGAGGUGUCGGUCUACUCUGAUCACUGCAUGGGGACGGUGACCAGAUCCUUCUCCGAGCUCAUCGCUGUCUGCCAGGAUCUAUUAGUCAAACUGUCUGAAGAUGAAGUAGAUAAGCUGAAUGAAUAUGCAGUCGAUGUCACUCUGGACCCUGAGACUGCUUCAGGUUGGCUCGCCCUUUCUCCAGACAGAAAGAAGGUGUCUGUCGGCAGCCAGAAGAAUAAUUUAGUCCUGGACAAUCCUCGGCGGUUCGACUCCUGCGUCUGUGUUUUGGGGAAACAAAGCUUUGCUACCGGAAGGCGCUACUGGGUUGUUCAGGUCGGAAACAAAACAGACUGGGACCUCGGCGUGGCCCGGGAGUCCAUCAACAGGAAGGGGGCCAUCGAGGUGCGUCCCGACAGCGGUUACUGGGCCAUCUGCCGGCGAAAAGGCAGCAGCCUCAGCGCCUGCGCCGGCCCCUCCGUCAAGCUCCGCCUCCAAGAAACGCCCCAGAAAGUGGGCGUGUUCCUGGACUACGAGGAAGGCUCCGUGUCCUUCUACGACGCAGAAGCAAAGACCCACAUUUACACCUACAGCGGGUGUGACUUCAAUGAGCCUCUCAACCCGUACUUCAACCCCUGUGUUAAAAACGAGGGAAACGUCGCCCCGUUGAUCAUUUGUCCUCUGGAGGAAGGAGUCCACUGAGUUCCCUGUGUGACUUGUUAUGAGAAACCGGACAAUUAAGGUGGACAUUAUGAGCGAUGUGAAUGAAUGCGACGGUGCAACAUCUUGCAAGGAGACCCAAUGCUGUUUAAAUGCACAUACGGGGACUAUUCGUCUAUUGCCUACUGAAAUGCAACACACAACUUUUGGUGGCUAAUACUAUUUUGUGCUGAUAGGCAACUAUUUAUUUACUAUUUAUAGUUUCGCUGGUAACCCUAUUAUAAAAGCAAUAAGGUACUUGUAUUUAUCUGUCACUGGCCUGCAACAGGCUGCUAAAAAAAGGAGGCAGAAAUGUUCACACUGUAUCUGACUGCAUGAAUUGUUUUCUCUUCUUACUUUCAGUCAGCUCUAUUACUCAAUUGAUACUAGAGUCAUGUGUGAAUAAUUAUAUUUAUAUAUCAUGUAUUUGUACAUAAAAAAAGCCUCAAAAGUUACAUGAACUGUUAAAUGCUGAUAUGUAUUAUAAAUGGGUAAUUUGAGACACUAAUUGUUUAACUGCAAAUAAAAGUUAUAUUUUGAAUUAUAUA